AUGGUUGCAAUCACCUUCAUUCAGCACGAUCCUGCUCAAGGCUCACCACGACAGAAACACCUCGACUCCGCACGCGCAAGAGCCCAUGCUGCCCGCGUCUCUCAUGAUCGGAGACGUAGCGACAGCCGCCUGCCAUCGCCACCGCAAAGUCCAAAACUAGAUUUCAAAGGCGAAAGUGGUGACGAGGAACGGCUCUUGACAGUUGCAGCUUUUGAGGGCAACUCAGAUCCCUUCCGAUGCGCUGCGAUUGAAAUCACUCCCGAACUGAACCGCAUUCUCACCUUCACCAGAGAGGUUGGCUUGCGCGCCCACUUCUCGCCUCUCGCGGUAAGGAAAAUAUCGCGUGAGAUCGCUGGAAACUUCGAGCAGCCUUAUGUCCUGGGUGCAUGGGCCGAUAUCGCAGCAAGUUUGCGCGAUGAAGGCACUGCGCUCGCUCGCUUGGUGACAUACAGCUCAUACUUGUGUCGCUGUCUGCCGAACGCGAAGGAAACGAGGAUCCUGGUCCAUCAGAUGCGGAAGCGCAGCCUGCAGCUAUUGCGUGAAAAGGUGGAGAGACACACAAACUCAUCCUCAAUUGAAGACAAAACCGCCUUGCAGCACCACAUAUAUGCGCUAUUUGACGCAGAAUGCUUUUGUGGAAACACAGAGGCAGCAAUCGUCCACGGCACAGCCCUGCAGAAGCUGAUAAACGAGAGCAACACAUUCGAUGCGCCAAUGGCACAACGAUUGCUGUAUAUCACAUGUCAUUCGGCAGCCACCAGUGGGCAGCGAAUCCUUCCAUCCAUUGGCAAGUGGAUCAUCGAAAGGUCUGAAGCCUUCCUGGAAGAGGAGGUUCCGCCGCAUCCCCUUGGAGCACCGGAAAACCACGAUCUCCAUGCAAGCAUCACUUUCCCCGAGCUGCAAGCGUGCUUUUCACGCUGCUGGUACCUGGGAGACGCCAGCAAACCAACAUCACCAACAGAAAGUCCCACAGCUGCCGAGCCCGUCAAGGACAAGAAGGCCGCUUACAUAUAUGUCACCGUCUCAGCCUUCAGUAACCUAUGUCGCCUCAAUGACAUGUUCUAUGAUCUCGUCGAAGCGGUCUGGAUGGCUGGAAUCAGCAAAUCCGAGAGAUACACCCAGGCAGCUCUAUCCGUUGCACUCAAUUACCUUGCGCGAGAGAUGUUUGCUGAUUUGACCAUCAGUGGAGUCAACAUUCGGGAUUGCUCAACCAUGCUGAUGGGCCAGCUGAGGUUCACAUUCAUGAGAGCCUAUCAGUCUAGCACAGUUAGCGACCGCACGGACUUCGCAGCCGCAUACCUCUGGAUCCUCUACGUGGGAGCUCUCUGCGAACACAGAAGGAGAGACGACAUUCUGAUGGUUGACCUACUUAAUGAAUUCUGGUUUAGCCCACUGUUGGCUCUCCAGGCUCAUUUGAUGGGCGUCACGACUUGGCCGGAUAUGUGCGUUGUGGCUAAGCAGUUCUUUUACUCGGACAUAGUCGAACCCGAUGGCGCAAUCUGGUUUGAUGUUCUUCUCAAGAGGUACAAUCACGAAUCUCGCCAAAAGAAGUUAUCACUGGCCAAAAGAUACACCUGGUUCUUCGAGACCCGAAAAUGA